AUGGCGUCGUAUCUCAAGAGCUACGUGUUCCCGUUGACGCUGACGGACACGUGGAAGGAGGAGAUCACGCUCAAGACCCGCGAGAAGCUCACAGAGAUGCUGGGCGUGGAGGUGGACAACGUGAUGGCGGAAUACGUGAUCGUGAUGGUGGGCAACAAGAAGAACCUGGAACAGAUCGCUCAUGACCUCGUGGAUUUUAUCGGAGACGAGUCGGCCGAGCAGUUUGUCACGUGGCUUGGGGAGCUCUUGCCCAAGUUUGAAGCAGCACAAGCUCCAGCUGCUGAUAGGACUCAAGCUCAAGCUGCAGCUGGAGACGAAGAUGGAGCAGAUGACGAGAUGCAGUCUUCAGCAGAAGAAAAACCGGUGCAAGCAACAGAAGAGAAGAAGGAGGAGAAGAAUGCUCCACCCAAGCGCGUCAUCAGCUUGAAGGGGCUCUCGAAGCCGUCUGCGGAGCCAGUACAGACGAAAACGGGUGCAGGUAGCACCUAUCGAGGUACAAUCAGGUCAUUAAACCCGACGAAGACCGACCAGGACGAUGUGAUUGCUCGACGGGCGCAGCGUUUUGGUACCGUGGAGAAACCAGCAAUAAAGAAGUCUUUGUCAUCAACGCCAGGAAAAGAACCUUCUCGUCAGCGGGACGAAGCAAGGACGACGGGAAACAAACGGCGGGAAGUGGAGCGCGAUAGCAGCAAUCGAUUGUCAACUCGCCUGGGCCCUCCUGUGAAUGUUGACCAAGCGGAACUUGAUGCCCGUGACACUUUGGGCUCACACAAGAAGCGACGUGGGGACCGUGAGCGCAGUGAACGCAAUGACGAGCAUGAGUACAGGGGAGCGCGGAGUAACCGACGAAAAGAUCUCGAUCGAGACCACGAUAUGGAGGAAGCGGGACGCAGUGACAAGCGACGAAACAGUCGUUCCCGUGACGUUGCUCCACCUUUGCCACCGUCGGAUGGCAAAAAUGACAGCAAAGCUCCACAGGGAUUCGGACAAGGAAUGGGUCCGCCAGUGGGCUUUCAGGGCGGUCCGAUGGGAUUUGGCGGCUACCCACCGCCGUUUGGAGGUCCGAUGUUUUAUCCUCCGCCAGGCUUCGGACCCAUGAACCCGUACGCGAUGGGUUUUCCUCCUCAAGGCAUGCAACCGUAUGGUGGUCCGGGGUAUCCUCGACCACUUGCCGCUGAAAUGCACAAUGGCGGACGAGGGCCGCGGCCGUUCCAGAACCGCAAAUGGGUGAACCCGAACGUCGCUAAGGCCGAAGAAGCAAAAGCGGACGAAGACAAGGCAGCAGCAGAUGCAGGCGGAGGCGAAGCAAGUGGUGUGCCUCAAAACACUGGUGCGCCCGCUUUUGCGCCACGCAAUCCAUACUACUCAUCGCAGAUGCGUCCGCGGUUCCAAAACAAGACGUGGGUGCGACAGGACCCUGCGAAGGACGAGGAGCUGAACUCAAGUCUGCCAAAGACUCCGCCUAAAGAGUUGCUCGAGAGCAUGGAGUAG